AGAGAGGGUCCAUCAUCGUCUUAUCUUAUCAUAGUCUUGUUAUUAUGGCUGCUUCGGCUGGCGUACUAAAAGGACAAGGUUGUAGAUGAAUGCGGAAUACCGAUACGAAUUUAGUGGACAAAAUGCCACGUGGUCGCAGCGUCUACGACUCGUUCACUGUAGGAUCUGCCCUAGAGUAUAGGGGAGGUUCCUUCACCAUCAACGGCCGCUCCUUCAGGAUAAUGUCGGGAGCUUUGCACUACUUUCGAGUCCAUCCCGACCAGUGGGCCGACCGCCUAGCCAAGCUUCGCGCUGCCGGACUCAACUGUGUCGAAACAUACGUGCCCUGGAAUCUGCACGAGCCCCGCCAAGGUCAUUUUGACUUUGGAGAUGCGAAAGACCCCAUGUCUCCUUUUCUAGACCUACCGGCAUUCCUGAAGAAGGCCAAGGAGCAGGACCUGUUGGCUAUCGUACGGCCCGGACCCUAUAUUUGCGCCGAGUGGGACUUUGGGGGACUGCCCAGCUGGUUGCUCCGGACGCCCCACCUGCAGGUCCGCACCAGCCAGCCGGACUUCCUCGCCGCCGCCGUUCGCUUCCUGAAGGAGACGCUGGGGAGGAUCCAGCACAUGACACUUACUCGUGGAGGACCUGUGAUCGCCCUGCAGGUGGAGAACGAAUACGGCGCCUUCGGUACAGCGACCUUCCACGGGACAGCAAAUAGCUUCUCCAAAUCUUUCCCCAUUCUGUGUGAAGUACUCCAGACGGCAAAUGCACAGACAUCGGUACUUCAAGAGUUCAAAGAGUUAAAACGUCUGCAACCUAAUCGACCGCUGAUGGUGACGGAGUUCUGGUCUGGCUGGUUCGAUCACUGGAUGGAACCACACAGGAACCGUUGGCCUGAGAAAGAUUUUUCGCGCGCCCUCGAAGAAAUCCUGAAGAGCGGAGCGUCCUUCAACUUGUACAUGUUCUGCGGCGGAACCAACUUCGGCUUCCUCGCGGGCGCCAACGUGCAGGAGGAGUGGCCCUUCUACGCCCCGGAUGUCACCAGUUACGACUAUGACUGUCUCCUGACGGAAAACGGAGACUAUACUCCGAAGUACAUGAUCACAAAACAGCUGAUCAGUCAAUAUCAGAUUCAUGAGGACGUGUAUACUCCUAGUCCACCUGAAAAUACGCCAACAGUCGCAUAUGACGACAUAGUGUUGGAUAAAAUCUUAAACCUCAACGAACUUAUAGGUCAGCUACCACACGUAAAGAGUCCACAUGUAAUGGCUAUGGAAGACCUCCCAAUCAAUGAGGGCAACGGGCAGGCCUACGGAUACACGCUGUACCGCACGCGCAUCACUGUACCCAAAGGAGGAGCCACACUAACCAUCAGAGGGCACGUGAGGGACCUUGCUCUUCUCCUCGUCGACUUGAAGCUUGUCACGCCUUGCAUCAACGAGCCACGGGAUCUGGACGCUUUUGGUACAUGGGUGAAGAGAAACUCUACCUUUGAGCUCUCGAGUGAGUACAGUGGCAUACACACACUAGACAUUUUAGUGGAAAACAUGGGUCGUGUUAACUAUGGCAAGCCUCAUGACUUCACAAUGAAAAAGGGACUUAGUGAAGGCCCAGUGUUGCUCGGCAGUGAAGAGCUCAAGGACUGGCUCAUCUACCCGCUCGAAUUCAAGAGUGGAGAAAUAGACAGAUUGUUAGGCUGGAGGUCCUACGCGGGUGAAGAAGUGGUAGGACCAGCGUUGCUUCAGGGGGAUUUUGAAAUUCAGGAUGAGCCUGAGGACACCUUCUUGGACGCCUGCGGGUGGGGGAAGGGCGUCGUGUUUGUCAACGACUUCAAUCUGGGCAGGUUCUGGUCCGCUGGUCCACAGAGAACCCUGUAUGUGCCUCGACCUCUUCUUGUGAAAGGUCUCAAUAAGGUGACAGUGUGGUCGCAGUACGGAGGCCAGGGAGGGGUCAAAUCCAAGGACAGCCAUGACUUGGGUGCUGAGAACCCCACAGGUGUGACCCCGGGCAGUGGCGGACCGCUCAUCAAUAUUUGCAAAACGUAAAUGAUUAAUUCACCUGUGGCCUUGUGUACAUUUUUUUUUCUAAAGUUGCAUAUGAAUGAAUAUUUGAACUGU